AUGGCUGGGGACACCGCGGGCCCCGUGGCGCCCGCUGAGCUGUGGGAGGGCGGCGGCGAGCUGCUGAGGCGCCACCUGGACGAGUACGGGCGCACGUGCCGGGAUGUGGCAUGCCGCCUGGUGCGCGUGUGGAACGACAUGGGCCUGGAUGCCGGCGACCAGGGCCAGGAGCUGGCCGACGUGACUGCGUCGAUCCUGGGCGUCUGGAACAGCGCGCUGCAGCGCGCGGAUGAGGGCCGGGCGAUCCUGACAGAGCAGGUGGAGAUGGCGAUGAGCGAGAUCUCGCGGAUCACCCUGGAGCUGGCUGACGAGGAUGAGGCCGGCCGGCGGGACGGCGACGCCAAGGCAGAGGAGGGCACGGACGAGGAGGACGAUCCCAGCGUCGGCGGGCCGGGCUCCCCGCCGCUGAAGGAGCGCUACGAGGCGCUACUCGUGGAGCUGGAGGCCUGGCGGGAGCGCCGCGCGGAAAGGACGGCGGAGUUCGAGGACGUGCUGCGGGGCAUGCGGGCGGUGCGGGCGCGGUUGGGCCAGCCGAUGCCGCCCAGCGUGCCGGCGGAGGGGCAGCAGCUGCAGGACAUCUCCAGAAAGCACCUGGAAUGGCUUGAGUACGAGCUGUCGCAGAGCAGGAUCGAGCUGCAGCGCCGCGAGCGUGAGCUUGAGGGCCACCUCAGCAGGCUGCGCAAGAUCUGCUUCGAGCUAGGUGAAGACGACGUGGAGAUCGCCGCUGGCGUGGACGCCAGCCUGCGGUACUACCCCCAGCUGCUGCCCAACCUGUCCGCGUUCCGCCCGUCCUACUGCUCGCCGCUAGACCCGGACGACCAGAUGCCUGAUGGAGUCGACCUGAGCGUGAGCGACGCCACAAUGUCCUCCCUGGAGAUGAAGAUAACCGAGAUGAAGAACGUGAAGAUGGUGAGGCAGCAGCAGGCCCUGGAGAUGACGGACAUCCUGAGGAACCUGUGGACCGCCCUGGACGUGCCCCAGAACGACGUGGACCGUGGGAUCUUCACGCGGUUGAUGGAGGGCCCGUCGCGCCUGCACCUCAAGUCGCUGGAGAGGUGCAUGAAGGAGGUGAACCGGCUCGAGCACGAGCAGGCGAAGCUCCUGCUGGGCCUGAUCAAUGCCAAGAAGAACGAGCUUGAGGCGCUGUGCGCGGAGACCCGUCUGGCGAUGCCCGACCUGUCGCCCCUGCUGCCCGAGGAGGAGGACAAGGCGCCGCCCAGCUGCGGCCAGAUCGCGGACAACCUUGCCAAGCUGGUGCGCAUGGUGGCCGAGGUGAACCUAAUGGCGGAGAAGAGGAACUACAGAGUGGAGGUGCUGGACAGGCUGGUGGCCAACCUCGAGCGCCACGCCGCUGGCCAGGCGCUCGCAUCCGAACGCAGGCCUGAGCCUCCCUCGAAGAGCGCUGCAUCUCGCCAGGGCGGCCUGGCGCGGGCCCAGACCGCCCGAUCCGUCUGCGGCAGCGUGGACGGGCGCGGCCGGGCGCCCAGCCGUGCCAGCAGCGUGGGAUGCCGAUCGGCACGCAGCGCGGACGCGAUUCGCACACGCGAUGCGCCCAGCAGGGCCGGCAGCGUGGGCUCGCGGCUGACGAAGGCCGGGCGAUCCGCGCUGAGCGCGGACCACCCACGCACAGAGCACAACGUCCGCCGGAGCACCAGCGUGCCUGCGGCCGGCAAGACCUAUGCCCUGCGAAGGGAUGCCCCGCAGCCGUCCAGGAACACGGGCACGAGCCUCCGGCCGACGUCGCGGGGCUCGACCAGGUCGUCGUCCGGGCCGGCGCCGCCCGUGCGCAACGGCUCCAGCACCGGCCGCAGCCGGUCGGCCAGCAGGGACGCGGGUAGGCACGUGCCGGAGACGGUGCCGGAGAGGAGGCGUAUGUCGGAGGACUCUGGGCGGCUGGUGCGCAAGCAGCCGGCGGCGAGUGCGCCGGCCAAGACCCGUGCGCCGAUCGGCGGGGCGCAGAGCGCGAGGGGCGCCGCCACGCCUGGGCGCAGGGCGGAGGAGCCGGCCAGGGCGAGCCCGAUGAUCGGGGACAGUAGGCACGUGCGGCCGGCGUCCGCGACGGCGAGGCGCGCGGCGUACAACCCUCUUCAGGAGCGGCUGAACAAGCUGAUCCAGAACGCGGAUUCCUCGCUGCUGAUGCCCGCACAGCUGCCCAGCGGGCGCAGGGCGGUGUCGCGCGCGUCGAUGGGCAGGGACGGGCUCGACAGCCCAGGACUGCCGGUGAGCUCGAGCGGCGGCGAGCAGGAGGAGCGCCGGCUGGUGUCAUCGUCGUCAUCUGGGUCUGGAGGUGUGAUUGGAGUGGGGUAUUACAAGGAGCCCGUCGAGGGGGCCAACAAUUGGUAUUACAACAAGGAGGAAGUCGCGGAGUAUUACGGGAAGGGCAAGGACUUGGCUAGCGAGGUGGCUGUGAAGACGGCGGCGCGCAAGACGCCGCGAAAGACGCCCCGCAAGACGCCCAGGAAGGGGGCACUCAAGCCGCCGCUGAAGGCCAAGAGCCCCCGGGCCAGAGAUGGCGGCGCCAGGGGCCACGGCGCGGCACGCGCGCCCCACUGGCGCCGCGUCUACUCCAACGGAUGCUACCUGGAGUCGCCGAUGUCGUCUGACCAGGAAGACAUGGAUGACUCCGAGGACUGCAGCGACCUGACGGUGGUGCCGGACGACUCGUCCAUCUCGGGGCACGAGGCCUCGGACGGCUCCCACCCCAAGGACGCCUUUGUCCGCAAGGACUCGUUCAUAUCCAAGAACAACAAGAAGAUCUCGCACGCCCGCAAGGACAGCGACUGGCUCAUGAACGGACGACUGAGCGUGUGA